AAACGCGGCUUCCGCAUUCAGAGUGUGUUGUUGUGCUUCUGGUCAGACGACCGGAGAGCAGCCGCUGAAGAUGAUGGAGCAUUCAGCGUCAGACUCAGAAACUGAAGAUCAUGUCCAGCCUUUACUACGCCGGAAAGACACCGGAGAAGUUCAGAAAGCUCCUGCUUGCUGCUCCUCGCGAUACGGUUUGGCCUUUUUGUCCUGUUAUGGCUUCUUUGUGGCAUAUGCCCUCAGGGUGAACCUUAGUGUGGCAAUGGUGGACAUGGUGAAAAACAGGUCCAGUGUCAACAACAGUUCCUCCGUCUGCCCUCAUCAUAGCAUCCCAGUGCCCAAAAGCAAUCACAGUGCCAGUGUGUAUGACUGGGAUUCAGAGACUCAGGGCUGGAUCCUGGGCUCUUUUUUCUAUGGAUACAUACUUACUCAGAUACCAGGUGGCUACUUGGCACGUAAGUAUGGUGCCAAGUGGCUCUUUGGUAUCGGCAUCCUUUGCACUGUGAUCUUCACCCUGCUGACUCCAGUAGCCGCAGAUCUGGGAGCUGGUUACCUCAUCGCUGUCAGGGUGUUGGAAGGCAUUGGGGAGGGAGUGUCAUAUCCUGCUAUGCAUGCGAUGUGGGCAUCAUGGGCACCACCUCUGGAGAGAAGUCGACUGCUCACUAUCUCAUACACAGGUGCUCAGCUGGGAACUGUAGUAGCCCUUCCUCUGUGUGGCCAGAUAUGUUUUUACCUAGACUGGACAUAUGUCUUUUAUAUAUUUGGAGCUGUUGGACUUCUUUGGUUUGUCCUUUGGGCUUACUUUGUCAGUAACAGUCCCAGCUUCCACAAAAGGAUAUCAGAGGAUGAGAAGACCUACAUAAUGGCAUCUUUAAAAAAUGAAUUGUCCCCAACCACAGAUUACAUCCCAUGGACAUCAAUUCUCAAGUCUUUGCCAUUAUGGGCCAUAGUUGUGGCACACUUCUCUUAUAACUGGACAUUUUACACUCUGCUGACUCUCUUACCCACCUACAUGAAUGAUAUACUCGGAUUCAGCAUCCAGCAGAAUGGAAUGCUCUCGGCUUUGCCCUACCUUGGUUGUUGGUUGCUGGCUUUGCUGGGUGGACAGCUGGCAGACCUCCUGAGAGAGAAAUAUCUUAUCCGCACUGUAAUUGUGCGUAAGGCAUUCACUAUAGUAGGAAUGGUGGGACCAGCCGUCUUCCUCAUAGCUGCUGGCUACACUGGCUGUAACUAUGUCUUGGCUAUAGCCUUCCUCACCCUCUCUUCCUCUCUAGGGGGCAUUUCAGCCUCUGGAUUUAACAUCAACCAUUUGGACAUUGCUCCCUCAUAUGCUGGGAUAUUGCUUGGGAUCACAAACUCAUUUGCCACUAUACCUGGCAUGGUGGGCCCUGUAAUAGCAAGAUCCCUGACCAAAUCUAACACCAUUCCAGAGUGGCAAAUUGUCUUCUACAUCUCUGCAGCAAUCAAUAUAUUUGGAGCUGUAUUCUUCACAAUUUUUGGCAAGGGCACAGUCCAGCCUUGGGCUGUCCAGAGAAUACAGAUCCGAUGAAACACUUCAGUCAUUAGCCAUUACCAAAAAGCCAGAAGGGAAGUACCUAUUGUAAAUUCUACAGAGAUCUUAGCAGUAGUUACAUAUGGUGUGCAAACUAAUGAAUAUUGCACAAUACAAUGUUGAUUGCACAAUCCACCAUGAUUUUUGGUAUUUUUUUAUCGGUAAUAUCUGUAUUUGUUAUACAUGUAGUUUUUCCAGACUAUUUUUUUUAAAUUGUAUUUUAUUUUAUUUUUUAAACAAAGGUGCGAUAAUGAAGGGAAUAAUAAACAUGUAUCUUUAUGGUACAUCCAGUCAUGGUAAGGAGUUAAAAUUUUUGAUCACACGACCACUGCAGAAUAAUUCACUCUUGUGAGCCGAGUCUUGUAAACUCUAAUAAAAUGACUCUAAGGAAUUGUAAUCUUUUGCGAUUAACGUCCCAAUUAAAUAUGCUUUAUUGUAUGCCUAUAGCACAACAUGCCUUACCCAAGCUCAAGCAACAAGCCUUAAGGGGAAUUAUCGUUUAAAUAAUGUCUGGUUGUUACGUUUUAGACUUUUUGUACACUAUAACUGAUUUAUGUUUACAUUUUCUAUUUUAUUCUGUUUUGUGCAGUCGCUACUAAGUGAAACAAAAUGAAUAAAUCUGUGUAAACACUGUAUGUUACAAAAUUUGUCAAUGCCAAGAUGCUACAAAACAUGCAUCAACGCCUGUCAAAUAAAUAUCUAAUAAAAUUAUCAGUCGUUUA